AUGAUGAGUUUAAAGGGUCAGUUCCAGUCGGACCACAAUCGCGCUCCAACAAACUAUUACAGUACUAAGCACGUGGUCGCUCUUCUCGCUUUUCAUCGUCGGUUCGGCCACCAAGACCGUGUGCAACGGGACCGAAUUGAGUGUGAGAAGCGAUUUGGAGCUCGGAUUGCUCACUGAGAAGCCGUGCACACACGUUUAUGGCGACAUUGUCAUUGCCAAUUUGGGUUAGUUUACUCUAAAAAAGAUUAAUCAACGAAACCUUCAGUAAACGCAAAACGAAUGCCUAGCUACUGGACGAUCACGGAACUCUAUGGAUCGCUGAUCAUCGAGAACACAACCGAUUUGGCGGAUUCGGUGAAUCUGCAGAACCUUCGGGUCAUCCUCGCCAACGUCCGACCGGCGAUUGUGCUCAGAAACAACAAAAAUCUGAAGUUGGCGAUCGGUGCACGACUCAACCGGGUUUCCACGCAGGCGAACAUCUGCUACUGGUUCACCAACAACUGGCCCGCUUACAUGACCGAGGUUUACAAUAUCAAAUCCGAUUGCGGUUCAUCGCAAUUCUUAUUCAUUUCCAGAGCCAACACUAUACUCUGCACAAGGCGGCGAUCGACAAAAGACCAAUCUUCUUUACUCAAAACCACUUCCUCACCGGAACGUGCCCCGAAAUGAGUUGGUUAUCACUGGAGCGCACUUCCUUCCUAUUUUUCCUAUUUUUAGGCUACAAAUUCUGGACAAUUUCGUUCGCGUCGAUGUGCUUCGUCGCCAGUCUUCUGCUCAUCGGAGUCUCGUGCUACGGCCGUCCGCAGGGCAGAAAGAUCAAAGUGUCCUAA